AUGGCUUCUAUUGAUGAUGAAAGUGGUUCGUCUAGUAAGAAAACAGUUGGUAAACGUGGUGUGACCCGAUUGCAAAAAAUUCACAAAGCCAAAAGCAAUGGAAAGAGAAUUGAGGUUCAAUGGAAUUCCAGAGGUCAACCAAUCAAGCAUAAUAGCAAGACUUUUGCUAGUUUCAUUGGUGUCACAGUUCGUCGGUUAGUUCCAAUAAGCUUGGACAAUUGGAGCGCGAAAAAAAAUAAAGAGGCUGUGGGGGUUUAUAAACAAAACAUUUGGGAUGAAAUUGAAAAAGCUUUUAUAAUUGGCGAGGAACAUCGUGCCUUUGUAUAUAGAGAAGCUGGAAAGUUGCACAGGGCAUUCAGAACAAAAAUGGCGAGGUCAUAUCUAAAAGAUAGUAAGGGUGGUUUUGUUAAACAUCGUCCGACCAAAUAUUCUUUUUGUAUAAAACAAGAUGAUUGGGAUAAAUUUGUAGCCCAACAUAUGACUGCAAAGUUUCAGAAAGUUAGUGAUGAGAAUCGAGAAAGAGCGUUAAAUCCUCAACAUCCCUAUAGAAAGUCACGUUUAGGGUGUGCUCGUCUUGAAGCUGAUAUGGUAGAAGAGUCAGAAGUUGGUGAGAUAAACCGUAGUCAAGUGUGGAAGGCUGCCCGCGUCAAUAAGAGCGGGGUGAUUGAUAAUGAGAAUGUUCAAAGAGUUGUGGAUCAAUGUGAGAAGUUAACAGAAGCUCUAUCUGAAGAAGAGAGACAAGACCUUGGUCCCACAAACAUAUUAUUUGAGGCUCUUAAUCUCCCAAACUACUCUGGACGUGUUAGGACUUAUGGUUUUGGGGUAUGUUCUAGGGACAUAUUACCACGCCAAAAUCGCCCCACACAAAUGGAUUUUGAAAAAUUGUAUGGCUUUUGUAAUUCACUCAAAAGUAGAUUGGAGGUGCUAGAGAGAGAAAAGAUUGAGAGAGAUAAGUUGGAUAGAGAGAAGCUAGAGAGGCAACAAACUGAAGAAGUGGAAGAAAGGCAACAACCUAAACAAGUGUCAGAGAGGUUGCAACAACCUGAAAAAGUGGCACAGAGGCAACACCUUGAACAAGUGGUAGAAAGGAAACAACCAGAAAAAGUAGCUGAGAGUCGACUACCUAGUGAUAAAGGUUCUUGCAACCCUGGAUCAUUUGGCAACAUUCCCGAGAUUCCUGGUCAAUCCCAAAACAAAGGUAACAAUAUUCAACACAGUGUUGAAUAUUCAGUUUCAUCACCCAACAAAAGUAACAAAAAAUUCAAAAUCGAAGAGUCUCCUAGAGUUGGCGGUUCAACUGGUAUUGCAAAUUUACCUUUCCUUGAUAUGUAUGUGAAAAAGAUGAUGAGGGUUGGAUCAUUAAUUCAAAUAAAAAUGGAGGAAAGUAUAUUUGGUGAGGAGUUUUUAGAGCAACUACGUGUAGAGAGUAUAAAGGAGAUUCUUGAUCACAAUUGGUUAAGUGCAUCUAUUAUCACUGUAUUUUCCAGGUAUUUGUAUGACAAGUUUAUUAGUCCAAAUGGAUUAAUAAAUAAGUUCUCUUUCAUAUCUCCACAUGUAUCACGGGAGGAUAAUCUAGGAAAUGGUAUAGCAAAAAUACUUUUGAAAGAUGAGGAGUUUAAGGAUAAGAUGAUUCUUGCACCUUGUAAUCUAGGGAAACAUUGGGUGUUGCUUGUCAUCAAUCUCAAUGCUGAGGUGAUAUAUUACAUGGAUCCGUUGAAUGGUGAGCCAACAAAACAUCAAAAUUUUAAAACAAAGUUUGAGAACGCUUUGCAAAUUUAUCGUGCUAAUAGUAGUUCUAAAGUGCCUAAAGUGUUAAAGUCAAAGAAAAUCUCAUGGCAAAAAAUAAAGUGUCCUCGUCAAAUUAAUGGCGUUGAUUGUGGAUACUUUGUAAUGCGAUUUAUGAAAGAGGUCAUCAUGGAAAAUGAAUUUAUGAUCCCCACAAAUUACUUUUUUGACCACAAAUGUCGUACCUACUCUCAUGAUAAGUUAACUGAGGUUAAGGAGGAUUGGGCUACUUAUGUGGUGGAUGAUGUUUUCGGAAAACAAGAAGCAAUUAUUUUGCCUAAUUAG